AUGACAUUUCUAAUUUAUUCUCCUUAUCUUUGCCCUGUCAGGUGUCGACUUGUCAUAAUAAUUAUACUAACGUUGUUUAAAUUUGAUUUGUUUUCUCAUUUUGAUAUUCUCUCUUUCUCGUUCUAUCCGUUAUACUCGUUGUCCAGUCUCUCUCUCUCUCUCUCUCUCUUUCUUCAACCUAUCUCUCUCUCUUCCUUCAAUCUCUUUCUCUUCAAUAUCUUUCUUUCUUCAAUAUAUCUCUCUUUCUUUCUUUCAUUCUUUCUUUCUCAAUAUCUCUCUCUUUCUAUCUCAAUUUCUAUCUUUCUUCAAUUUUUCUCUCUCUUUCUUCAAUCUCUUUCUUUCUUCAAGCUCUCUCGCUUUCUCAACAUCUCUCUCUUUCUAUCUCAGUCUCUCUCCCUUUCUGCAAUUUCUCUCUCUUUCUUCAAUCUCUUCAAUCUCUCUCUCUUUCUCACUUAUUUCUUUCUCAAUCUCUCUCUCUCUCUUUCUAUAUCAAUCUCACUCUUUCUUUCUUUAAUCUCACUCUCUUUCUUAAUAUCUCUCUCUCUCUCUUUCUUACACAUUCUUUCUUAUUCCUUUCCUUUUGCUAUUUCUUUAGUAAGCACUACUACUCAUAGUCAUCCUUUAGCUCUCUAUAUCUUCUUCAUUAUCUCUCUCAUUCUCUCUCACUCUCAGUCUCUUUCCCUCCCUUUCUCUCACUCAUUCUCUCUUUCUCAAUCUCUCUCUUUAUUAUGCAUACUUUCUCACUCAUUCUUUUCCCUUUACCUCUCAUUCUCUCUCUCUUUAUUAUACAUUUUUCUCUCUCAUUCUUUUUCUAUCUGUCUUUCUUAUAGGCUUCCAAAAACUGUUUUAUAUCUUUCUUUCUUCACUUUCGCUUCCCCUCUCAUUCGCUUUCUUUCUCGGUCUCUUUUUAUUAUGCAUUUUUCUCUCUUAUUCUUUUUGAUCUGGCUGUCUCAUCGACUUCCAAAAACUUUUCUGUAUUUUUCUUCUCUCUCUCUCUCUCUCUAUUUCUCUCACGUCUUUCUCAUAUUCUUCUUCUUCUCCUUCUCUCUCUCUCUCUCUCGCUCUCUCUCAUUCUCUUUCCUAGUCUCUCUUUCUCUCUCUUUAUUAUGCAUUUUUCUCUCUUAUUCUUUUUCGAUCUGGAUUUCUUAUAGUCUUCCAAAAUCUUUUCUGUAUAUUUCUCUCUCUCUCUCUCUAUCUCUCUUUCUCUCUCUCUCUCUCUCUCUCUCAUUCUUUAUUUCUACCCUUCUCUUGCGUACUUUUUCUCUUUUUAGCUCUCGCAAAUGUAUUUUUCUCUCCCCACCCCCGCUCUUUCUUUCUCUCUGUUUUGAAGAUCAGUGCCGCAAUAUAUUCACUUCUAAAUGUAUUAUCUUUAGAAAAAACAGUAAAGAAGUUUGCUUAUUUCCCCCAAACACUUUACCUGCGCCAUUGCACCACCCUCAGUGA